AUGUUUUCAAGUCUUCGUGGAUUUGUGAAUCGGCAUAGACGAAAGUUUAUAUUUGGAGGUAUCAUAGUUGGUGGUGUUAUUUUUGUCAGAUAUACAGCACGUAGACUUCGAGAAUGGCAAGAGAAAGAGAUAAAAGAUAUGCUGGACAGAUCAAAGCGACAUCAAUAUUUUGAAUGUAAUGAAAGAACUUGCAGUCAGAUGAUAAUGUCUCUUACAUUAACUUUAAAAGAUUCUAUAAUAAAAGUUUUGGAUACUAAUGCUGUUGUAAAUAAGCUUAGAAAUGGUUGUCCUGAUAAAGUAACAUGUUGGAAUGAAUUAAAAGUUUUAGCAAUUGCUAGAUCUGCCUUAGUAGUUUAUUCGAAUGCCAUGUUAGCAACUUUAAUAAGAAUUCAAUUUAAUGUAAUGGGUGGUCAUGUAUACAAGGAUAUUCAGAAUUCUAAUGGUACAACAACAGAAAAUGUUGUACAAACAAAAUAUAUGUCACUUUCAAGUCACUUUAUAUACAAAGGAAUUCAAAAAUUGGGUUUACUCAUAAAAGACAAGGUGGCAGAAAUAACAGCAUCAAUUUGUUUGAAAGAAGAAUUGACUUUAAGAGACAUAGAAGAAAUAUACUGGGCUUUAACAUCUUCUCUUUCUGCAGACAGUUCAAAAGACCCUGUAAAAAAUCUUGCUGAAUAUAUGCUAUUAUCAAAUUGCGAGGCAGAACAAACACCUAUAUUAUUAAAACUAUUCAAUGAAACAUUGGAUCUUCUAGAAAGUGAAGAAGUACAAAAUUUAACACAAAGUAGUAUUAGAAGCGGAUUUAGUUUGCUAGUGGACCACAUUUCUGCAUUCUUUAUUGCUUCUCCUAUAGUAGAAAAUGGCAAAACUAUUCAGAAUGGUGUUUCAGUACCAGGAACAUCGAGUCAAACUAGCAUAAACACAAAGUAUGAUUCAAAUGCGUUUAUAAAUAUUAAUAAGGUAUCCAUGCCAAUGGCCAAAAUAAUACCAAUUAUAAAUGGACAAGUACCAGAUAAACCAACAUUAAAAGAUUUUCAAAGCGAUUUGUUACAACGUCUUAUAACAAAUAACGAACUUAAGACACUUGGAGCAAAUAUUUAUGAGGCAUUUAGUUUUUAAAAUCAACCACUAAGAUAUUCAUACUGUACACAGAGCACUAUAUGUAUGAUAUGCGAAAAUAUAGUAUGAUUAAUUGCA